AUGCCUCCCUAUGGGCCCGUGGGCUCCUCCGCUCGCCCAAGGCGCCGAUUAGCAGAAAAAGAACUUCCCAAGGGCGUAGUCAAAAUUCAAGAUAUUCUUAAUGACGAGAUCCAAAAAGGCCGCUUCGUCAGUGUCAUUGGCCUUGUCAAGGAUAUGAGGGCGCCCAUGCCUACCAAUGGCACAGACUGGAAAUGCACUCUGACCCUGAUGGACAAGUCCACCGAGGAUGAUGAUAGAGGACUCAUCUUCAACAUUUUCUGGCCACAGGAGGACAUGCCAAAUCCAACCGUUGGUGAUGUGAUUCUCGUCUACUCCACAAAGGUCUAUGAAUGGGCACAUCAUCCCUGUAUCAUUGCCAACAGGGCUACCGAGAUCACUAUUUUCCCUGCCUCUGAGAUCCCAAGACCACCAAGGUCAGCCGUUGAUGCCGCAAAACCGACAAAGUCCAGACAACGGGCUCCUACAGAUCAAGAGUGUAAGUACGUCUCUUGGAUGUAUCACGCAAGCGACAAGUACAAGCUACCCACAGCGGAAGAGUACCAGGUCAACGUCGAUCGGUCUUGCAACGUCAAGGACAAGUUUGCCAUCCUCAAAGAUGCUCGUGAGCACCAGUUUUGUAAUCUUGUUGUCCGAGUGGUCAAGGAUCCGUACGAUAUGAUGGACAAAGUGACCCUGUGGGUCACUGACUACACAGAGAAUGAUAACUUCUUCAGGUAUACAUGGGAUGGGAGUGGCAUCCCUCAAGGCCAAGACGGUGAUCCCUUUGGCUAUGUCAAUGUUAAUGCCAAUGCGCUGUCUCGUAGUUGGCCCGGGCCAUUCGGAAAGCGCUCCAUGCAAGUUACCUGCUUCGAGCCGCAUGCUACCCGAGUGAGGGAAGAGGUUAAGGCAGGUGACUGGGUCAAGUUGCAAAACAUCCAGAUCAAGUUCGGUAACAAUGGAAAGAACUUGGAAGGCUAUCUCAGAGAGGACAGAGGGAGCUUCGGAUCCAGGAAAGCAGUUGAGGUGUUGGAAACCUCGGGUAAGGACCUAAUCGACGACCGACUGAAGGAGGCAAUCCGACGAAGGCGCGAUUACGAAAAAACGGCCAAGGAGCAGAAGAAAUCUUUCACGACAAAGGAAGGUAGCGGAAAGCGAAAAGCCGACGACAACCUCGGUGAUACGAAGCAGACCGCCAAAGAACGACGAAAUGCACAGCGUAUGGUCAAGAACAAGCAGCUUGUUCAGGCAGAGAACAAACGGGAAGCGCUCUUAGGGCUGAAUGAAGUUAUCAAAUGCGAAAGUCUAGACGAGCCUGUAUCCCCGCUGUCCACCAUUCUGGAGCCCGUUGUUUACAAUACAACCUUAGACGAAGUACCAACUUCCAUUUCACUACCUUUCACAAAUGCGAAAUACCGUACCCACGUCCGUGUGGUUGAUUAUCGGCCACGAAAGCUCGAGAAUUUUGCCACAUGGAGAAAGGUCACCGAGUACGACAUGCUAUCAGAUUUUGGUGGUAGUUCAGCUUCAGAAUCUGACGAUGAUCAAGGAACACUGGAUGGAUUCACUGGAGAGAAGGUUUGGGAAUGGCAUUUCGCACUUCAGCUGGAGGAAGCUGGAUCCAAGGCAGGCAAAAACGGACCAGCAGGGCGACUCUGGGCAAUGGUGAACAAUAAGGAUGCACAAUGCCUGCUAAAUAUGGACGCUUGCGACCUCCGCGCAAAUCCAGACGAGCUGUCUACUCUGACAGAGCAGCUCUUCAAGCUCUGGGGCAACCUCGAAGAACAUAAAGAGCAUGAGUCGAAGACACAAAUCCAGUCGCGUAGACGACUGGCGGCAAAUCAGGCACCACCUGACAGUUCGGAUGACGAGAACAUAGACGGCCGCCAAGACGGUGACCCAAAACCGGCCGCCGGGGUGCUGUCAAACAAGCCGUUUACUUGUUGUCUUAGACAAUAUGGUAUCGAAGUUCCGGAAAGCGACCCAAAGAAGUGUGAUGCAACGAAGGGAAAGCGUUACCAGCGCAUGUUCGGCCUUUUCGGGACAAAGAUUAGUUGA